UAUAAAGGUCUAAGGAAAUAGUUCAUUUCAUUGAGAGCCAAGCCAGCGUUUGUGUUGACUGUUCAGAGUCCAUGAACUCAGGCUUCUGUUUCACAUCUUGCUAGCUACAACUCGGGGGAUCUUUUGUUUGAGAUUUUCGAGGAGACACCAUGGCUUACCACAGCUUUCUCCUAGAGCCCAUCAGCUGCCAUGCCUGGAACAAGGACCGAACCCAAAUUGCGUUGUGUCCCAACAACCAUGAUGUUCAUAUCUACAAAAAGGAGGGAAACAGCUGGACCAAAACCCAUGUGUUGAAAGAACACAAUGGGCAGGUGACCGGUAUCGACUGGGCACCAGAGAGCAACCGCAUCGUCACUUGUGGCACUGACCGCAACGCCUAUGUCUGGACCUUGAAAGGGGAUGUGUGGAAGCCCACUCUGGUCAUCCUCAGGAUCAACCGGGCCGCCCGCUGUGUGAAGUGGUCACCCAAAGAAAACAAGUUUGCAGUGGGCAGUGGUUCCCGUCUCAUCUCCAUCUGCUACUUCGAGCAGGAGAAUGACUGGUGGGUUUGUAAGCACAUCAAGAAGCCAAUCCGCUCCACCAUCCUCUGCCUGGACUGGCACCCGAACAAUGUCCUACUGGCUGCUGGUUCAUGUGAUUUCAAAUGCAGGAUUUUCUCGGCCUACAUUAAAGAGGUGGAGGAGAAGCCGGCUCCUACCCCGUGGGGCUCUAAGAUGCCAUUUGGGGAGGUGAUGUUUGAGUCCACUGGCACUGCUGGCUGGGUCCAUGGGGUCUGCUUUUCAGAAAGUGGCAACCGCGUAGCCUGGGCCAGUCACGACAGCACUGUAGCUGUGGCCGAAGGAGGCAAGACUGCCGUACUUGCAAGUCUGACUUCAGACACCCUCCCCCUACUCUGUGUGACCUUCAUCACUGAAAACAGCUUAGUGGCAGCAGGCCAUGACUGCUACCCCAUGCUGUUUGUCUUCAAUGCUGAGAAAGGGGUGUUGACUUUCGGAGGGAAGCUGGACGUGCCCAAGCAAAGUGCCCAGAAGGGCCUGACAGCCAGGGAGCGAUUCCAGAACUUGGACAAGAAGGCUACCUCGGACACCAAGGAGGCUGUGCUGGAAUCCCUCCACAAGAACAGCAUCAGCCAAAUCUCCGUGCUCGCGGGUGGAAAGGUCAAGUGUACCAAGUUCAGCACCACAGGAAUGGAUGGCGGCAUGGCCAUUUGGGAUGUAAAGACACUUGAAUCUGCUAUGAAAGAUCUGAAGAUUGUCUAACAAGACUCAAGUAUCCUUCAGAAAAGAAAAGGAUGUCCAUGAUGUUGAUGGCUUGCUUUUUUUGCAAAUAUACAGGAAUGUAUUUUGAAUCAUUAUAUGGAUACUGUUAAUCGUUACUUUUGAAAUAUUAAGCAUUUAUUCUUAGAAAAUCUAGACAACAAAAUUUUGAUUAAGCAGUUCUUUGAGACUCCUUUAUAUUCACAUAAUUCCAAUAUGCUGGUCAUAGAUUGUUGGUACUUUUGCUCCCAUUUUAAUAAAUUGUCAGAACAGGUUUGAACAACAUUUCAAUAAAUGUAUAUGACAUGGAAUAAAAACACAUCUAAAAACACACACUCUGGUAAUAUUUUCAGCUGAAGAUUUUAUUUGAUCUUUAUAUGGAACAAUUCACAUUGUAUACAAAAAUCAUUUAAAAAAACUUGUAUAGUGGCCUGGGGUUCUCAAGAGCUCACUGGCUGAUAAAGAAAAUCAGUGUUAUUUGUAUUGGCAUACACCAUCAGGUCAUGCUCAAGACAAUCAUGCAUAGAACUUUUAUGUAAUGAUUUGCAAGCUUUGUUUGAUAAUUCAACCUUGUUUGAAUAGUAAUAAACAUCUGCAGAUUUA